GAGUGGGACAAGACGAUGCAAACGCUUACGCGCGUGCUCGCACGCCAGGUUUACAACAUAAAUCUCUCCGAUCUGCCGCUGGAUCGAUUGGCGGAACAGAAAGGAAAACGGAAGCGUGGCACACCUUCUUCCGGUUGGGUAGCAGCAAAUCAAGGUGGCGCCACGGGAUCAACGGUUACGACGGCGUCUCUUACUGGUGCGACUAUCACGGGUACUGGUGCGGCUGGUGGCGGGGUAGCAAGCAUGGCUGGUGCUACUUCCACGGAUGUAAGCUUCUCGAACGGAAGCCAUGGUGGUACCGGAGCCGGUGGUGGCUCGUCUGCCGGUGGUGGACAACGCGGUGUGAGCAAUAAGAACAUCCUGCUCGACGAUCAGGGACGACCGAUCACACGGCUAUCAUCAGGUGGACGUAGCAGCAUACCCGGCACACCGUCACUGAAUCGAAGCUACAGUGAGGGAAGCCUUUUGCUAGCGGCUCCAUUCCGCAAGUCACGCGCACGUCGACGUCUUCGCAAUGGUGGUGGUCCAAGCGGAACGGUCGGUCGAGAACAGCAAUCGACGGCGGCCAAUGAUCACUCCUUUGUGCGAAUGUUAUCCAACACGUCCACAUUCCUGAGCAUUAGUAGUGAGAACUUGGAAAUGGCUUCGUUCUCUGAAUGUCACGACGCCUCCAUACUGAGUAGUGGUGUAGGAGGAGGAGGAGGAGGAGCUGGUGCUGCUACUAGCAAUGGUGGUAUUGGCCGGCGAGCUGUGUCGCUGGAUUCUGUUCGCCCCGUCUCUGGUGGUGAUGCAUCGGGAAAGAAGAGCGCCGAAGAUGAUGGCAGCGGUUAUCACCAUCGCAGUGUAGCUGGUGCAGGAACUGGUGGAUCGCGCAGUCCUUCUCCGACGGCUUCCAGCGGAAUCGAGAGUGGUUCGAUCAAGGAUUCGCCGAUGCAGCUAGCGGAUGCGCUCACGGCCGACAGUUCCAGCAUCGAUACCCAGGAUGAUCCACAGUCGUUCGGUGGUUCGUCCACCUCGAUGGGUGGCAUGUCGUCGGCUGAUCGUCGAUCGAUCUUAGCUGGUGGUACGGCCCGCGGAUGGUUACCGGAUGUGGCGGCCGUAAUGUGGCGCCGGAUGCUCGGUGCGCUGGGCGACGUGAACAAGAUUCUCAAUCCAAAGCUGCACGCCCAGGUCUACCAGUAUCUGGUGAACAUGACGGAGAGUUUGAUAAAAAUUCGCAUGAACCAAGGCAUCACGAUCGAGGGUGGUACGGCAACGGUACCACUACCGGCCCCACUCCCUGGCACGGCCCAUUUGGUGCCACCGAUUGCUCUGGUAGCUCCGUGGUGCUACGGUGCACUAGCACUCGAUGCGCAGUACGCUCAGGGCAAGCUGUACGCAAUGCAGCUGCUCUGUACGAUCGUACAGAGUGGCGCUUCGCUCGGCAACGAUCAGUUACCGUUGUUCUAUCAUGCCCUGCACCAGGCACUCACCGGAGAAGAUCGUGCGAUGGCGUACACGGCGCUACGGUACCUUGGAGGGCCACGUUUCCUGAGUUUGCUCCUUCCGGGUCACACACUGCUGUUGCUCGAUCUAGUGCACGCGGCGACGGUCGUGUUAACUUCGUCCGAAACGGGACCUCACGCUCCACGGGCACAGGUAGCGGGAUUGUUGGGUUCGUUACUUUGUUUCCCACGUACCUCGCUGCCAGGACCGGUGCUGCAACCGUCCGAACCGCACAUCGAUCUGAUGGAGUGUCCUGACUUGCAGGAGCACGUGCUCAACGUCGUCCUACGCUGUGCACGUCGUGAACCUACGGCAAAGGCACGGUGCAUUGCCAUCGCCUCGCUUGGUCAGUGGAUACUGCAGAAUUUGACGAAUCCAUCGCCAUCGGCUGCCAGUGGGAACAGCGAUGGACAUCGAUUUGCGCAAAAAGUGCCGCACCAUGUUAGCGAAGCGCAUCAGCAACGAUCAUCGCACUCAGCAGCCACAGUCAAUCCACGAAUCCGGGAGGCAUUCCAAGUGAUCCUGCAGGCACUUCAGUUUAAACACCAUACGAUCGCUCGGCUCGCAUCGGAAACGCUGAAGCUGUGCGCCGAACAGGGGCGCCGGAUUGAGCAGAUCGAAAGGUUGCCCCAGCUCAUCAUCGAUACCGUGUGCCUGUCGCUCGACAUUCACAACGUACCGCACCCGAAGGAUACGGAUAAAACGGUACUGACGUCGCUGCUGCUUACGCUCGGUGAGCUGUGCAUGUCCUUCUCCGUCGCUACGCUGCAACAACCGAAGCAUCACGAUUCAACGGAACCGCUCAUACUGACCGUGUUUCGUAUUCUGUACAAAAUCGCCACUGGACUGCAGAAUGGCGAGCGCAUCAAGCUGUUCACCACCGACGAGGACUUUGAUUCGAGCAUCUCGGUGGAUGAUGUGCGUGAAAGCCCGGUCGGUGAAGCGGGUGGCGGAUAUCAGACGGCGGAAACGAUUGCCAGCUGCCAGUCGGCCAUUAGGCUGUGUGCGAAGACGG